AUGACCCUGUCGUUCCUGGACGCGCUGCUGGUGGGCAGGGACGCGCUCCGCACGCGGGCCGCCGCGAAGCAAGGCCUCGUCGGCCAGCGCGGCGACGCCUACUUCUGCGACGACGGCUUCGCGGUGGGCGCGGCGCUGGUCCUGCGGGUGUUCGGCCUGGACCAGGAGUUCCAGGCGCUGCGCUGGUUUCGCGCCGCGGUGGCAGCGGAGGCCGACGUUCCGCCGCCGGGCGCCGCCCAGGACGCGGUCUUCGCGCAGGCGCGACCCGGGCGCAGCCAGAAGGAGGCGCUGGAGCGAGAGAUGGCCAGUCUCGCCGCCACGAUCGAGGCCGCCUCGUCCCUCUUCGGCCCCGGCGCCACCGAGGCCGCCCCGGGCUCGCCCUGGGCCGGCGGGGCGCGCGGCGCGGCGCGGGGGCCCGGCGCGGAGGUGGCCGCCGAGGAGGGCGCAGGACGCGGCGCGUGA